AGGGAGGAGGAAGGCUGGAGCGAGCUAACAAAGACUGGGAGGCCAGGAAGGAGAGACAAAGAGGAGGUGGCAACAACUCGCUUUCUUCAUGUGGGGGAGGAGAGGGGCAGGAUUAACCGGCUGAUCUGCGACACACACAUUUCUAUAUGGACACACCAAACACACACACGCGGCUGAGCAUCAGCAGGAUCAACAUCAUCACCAGUGGUGGCGAGCCAGAGACAAAGAGUGAGACGGGGUGGGGAGAGGAGGAGGGAGCAUUUCACCAUCUGAGGACAGACAGACGGAAGGACUGGCGAGAGGAUUGACGGACGGAUGUGAGGAGAGACAGGCGACCUGAGGAAGGACAGAGGGGUGGAGGGACGGACACACGGCCUUCAUCACCUCCAGUUGUGUUCGAGCGCGAUGGCCGACCACAUGUUUGUGUGUGUGUGCUGAAUGUGUGUGUGUGUGGUGGGUGUGUUCUUCAUACGAGUGUGAAGUGUGUGUGUGUGUGUGUGUGUGUGUGUGAUGGGGAACACGGAGAGCAUGGAGAGCCAGCUGGCUGUGAUCCGAUCCAGAGCCGCACCAGUCCGACUCCCAAUGCCUGAUGCCGCCGAGCUGGAGGAGAGGUUUUCCAUUGCCCUGAAUUCCAUGAACCUUCCUCCAGACAAGGUGCGUCUGUUGCGUUCCUAUGACAACGAGAAGAAGUGGGAGCUGAUCUGUGAUCAGGAGAGAUUCCAAGUGAAAAACCCUCCACACACGUACAUCCAGAAGCUGCGAGGAUUUCUCGACCCAGCGGUCACACGCAAGAAAUUCCGGAGAAGGGUCCAAGAGUCAACGCAGACACUCCGAGAACUUGAGAUUUCUCUUCGCACAAACCACAUCGGUUGGGUGAGAGAGUUUCUAAAUGAGGAGAAUCGAGGUCUGGACGUUCUGGUGGAGUAUUUGUCCUUUGCACAGUAUGCUGUCACGUUUGAUGGCGAGCAGUCAGAGUCUGGAGGAGAUGCAGCUUCUAUUGACUCUCCAUGGAGUCGGUCCAUAGAAGAUCUCCAUGGUGACUGCAGUCUCCCUUCCCCGUCUUCCUCUGUACCCAGAACAGCACGACACUCCAUCAGUAGUUCCACGUUGGUGACUCGCUCCAACACGCUGCCCAGUAGUCGCACUCUGAAAAAUUCCCGACUGGUGUGUAAGAAAGAUGACGUCCACGUGUGCAUCAUGUGUCUUCGAGCUAUCAUGAACUACCAGUACGGUUUCAACAUGGUCAUGUCUCAUCCACACGCUGUCAACGAAAUUGCUCUGAGCCUCAACAACAGGAAUGCAAGGACAAAGGCUCUCGUGUUGGAAUUGUUAGCGGCGGUGUGUUUGGUCAGAGGAGGACAUGAGAUUAUCUUGUCUGCCUUUGACAACUUCAAAACGGUGUGCUCAGAGUCGAUGCGUUUUGAGAAACUCAUGGAACAUUUCAAAAAUGAAGACGACAACAUUGAUUUCUUGGUGGCCUGCAUGCAGUUUAUUAACAUUGUGGUCCACUCAGUGGAAGACAUGAACUUCAGAGUUCAUCUGCAGUACGACUUUACCAAACUAAACCUGGAUGAACACCUAGAGAGGGUGAAGCACACAGAGAGUGACAGACUGCAGGUGCAGAUUCAGGCAUAUCUGGACAAUGUGUUUGAUGUCGGGACCCUGCUUGAAGAUGCAGAGACCAAAACUGCUGCACUGGAAAGAGUCGAAGAGUUGGAGGAGAACCUGAGCACCAUGUCGGAACGUCUGCUCGAUGUGGAAAACGAAGCAAUGCUGAAGAUCGUCGAACUUGAGAAGCAGCUGAUGCAAACCAACAAGGAGCUGGACCAGCUUAGAGAUGUAUAUGCCAACACCAACACACAGGUACACACACUGCGGCGGAUUGUUCGUGAGAAAGACCAGACUAUCCGUCGUCAAAGUCGUCUAGAGCGUCAGGCCCAGGAGGCGCAACAAGCAGGAGGCCCUGGAGCUCCUCAACCCCAAAGAGGGGAAGGUGAUGGGGGUGUGGUCAAUUGUGCCUCACCCUCACCUCCCCCCUGCUCCAAUCUCUCCCCCAGCCCAGAAACAGUCGCCUAUCAUGCCAUGGGAUCAGGAAUGGGGGGAGCUCUAGAUAUGCCAAACCUACCCGCGCCUCCUCCACCGCCACCCAUGCCAGGUUCGGUGUCCAACGGGUUGUACCCGGCACCGCCACCCCCUGCUCCCCCUCCUCCCCCACCUCCUCCGCCCCCUCCAUGUCGGACUAGCGAGCUCUCCUCCACUCUCCCUAUGCCUCCUCCUCCUCCCCCAGUGGCUCCCCCACUUCCGGGGUCAGGAGGGUCGCCCACGGUCAUCUUCAACUCUGGGCUGGCAGAGGGACCACUCAAGUUAUUCUCGGUGAAGAUAAAGAAACCAAUCCAGACCAAGUUUCGGAUGCCAGUCUUGAAUUGGGUUGCUCUGAAACCGAGUCAGAUCAACGGCACGGUCUUUAACGACAUUGACGAUGAAGCCAUCCUGCAGGAUUUGGAUGUGGAAGUCUUUGAGGAGCUCUUUAAAACAAAGGCUCAGGGUCCAGCCAUGGAUUUAACGCUAUCCAGACAGAAACUUCCGCAGAAGGCUGCGUCUCGAGUUUCUCUGCUGGAGGCCAACCGAGCCAAGAACUUGGCCAUCACACUGAGAAAGGCUGGCCAGGGCCCAGAGGUCAUCUGCCGUGCCAUCCACACGUUUGAUCUGCGGACCGUUCGAGUUGACUUUGUGGAGUGCCUGAUGCGUUUCCUGCCGACAGAAGCCGAAGUGAAGCUUCUGCGUCAGUACGAGCGAGACCGAAAACCUUUGGAGGCUCUGAGUGACGAAGACAUCUUCAUGAUCCAGUUCAGUCGCAUUGAAAGACUCAACCAGCGCAUGUCCAUCAUGACCUUUAUGGGCAACUUCUGCGACAAUGUGCAACUGCUAACACCGCAACUCCAUGCCAUGAUUGCUGCAUCCGUUUCCAUUAAAUCGUCUCAGAAACUGAAGAAGAUACUUGAGAUCAUCUUAGCGCUUGGGAAUUACAUGAACAGCAGUAAGAGAGGUGCUGUGUAUGGAUUCAAACUACAAAGCUUAGACCUGCUCCUGGAGACAAAGUCGACUGACAGAACCCAGACAUUGCUCCACUACAUUGCCAAUGUGGUCAGAGAAAAGUAUCCUGCAGUGGCGCUCUUCUUCAACGAGCUCCACUACGUGGACAAGGCUGCUGCAGUGAGUCUGGAGAACGUGUUGUGUGACGUGAAGGACCUGCAGAGAGGGAUGGAACUCACCUGGCGUGAAUUCAGCAUGCUGCACAACUCCACCUUGAAAGAUUUCAUCAGCAGGAAUGAAUCUCGACUCAACAAACUUCAGGAGGACGCACGCAUCGCCCAGGACGCUUUUGAAGACGUGGUGAAAUUCUUUGGGGAAAGCUCGAAGACGAUGCCGCCAUCCGUCUUCUUCCCCAUUUUUGUUCGAUUCAUCAAAGCGUACAGGUUGGCUGAGGAGGACAAUGAACAGCGACGGCGUCAGGAACAGAUGAUGUUGGAAAAACUGGAACAGGAGGAGCAGCAGCAGCAGGAUGAAGAAACCAAGUCGCCAUCUCACAAGGGCAAACGGCAGCAGCAGGAGCUGUUAACUGAGCUAAGACGACGACAGGGGAAGGACAGCCGGCAUGUUUACGAGGGGAAGGAUGGCGCCAUUGAGGACAUCAUCACCGCAUUAAAAACUGGCCCCUUCACAGCUCGAUCAGCCAAACGUAGCUCUCGUUUCUUCUGUGACCCCGCCCACACUGAAGAACACUACUGAUGUUGGGCUCCCCAUGAAUUCAUGGCAACAAAUAAGCACUUUGAACAUUUGGACAUCAUGCUAUCUAAUUGGUCAGUUUGUGAACCAAAUUGUUGGAGCAUGCAUUUUGUAUGCUGUCGAUCAACAAAGCACUGGAAGAUAAGUCCAUUGCAGUUAUGGUGAACAAUUGUUUUGUGUCCAGCUAAGAGUGAUGCAGCGAAUCGUAUAAAAUAGCAACAAAACGCACACGCUCAACUUAAAGCCACAAGUGAGUCCCAUCAAAUUGUUGCGACGUUUCUAACAAUGUAGUAAAGGUUUUCCUGAAAGAAACAGGGUUCUACAAACCCCGUUUCCAUAUGAGUUGGGAAAUUGUGUUAGAUAUAAAUAUAAACGGAAUACUAUGAUUUGCAAAUCAUUUUCAACCCAUAUUCAGUUGAAUAUGCAACAAAGACAACAUAUUUGAUGUUCAAACUGAUAAACUUUUUUUUUGUUGCAAAUAAUCAUGAACUUUAGAAUUUGAUGCCAGCAACACGUGACAAAGAAGUUGAGAAAGGUGGCAAUAAAUACUGAUACAGUUGAGGAAUGCUCAUCAAACACUUAUAUGGAACAGACUAAUUGGGAACACUUGGGUGCCGGGAUUGAGUAUAAAAGCAGCUUCCAUGAAAUGCUAAGUAAUUCACAAACAAGGAUGGGGUGAGGGUCACCAAUUUGUAAGCAAACUGUCGAACAGUUUUAGAACACUUCUCAACGAGCUAUUGCAAGGAAUUUAGGGAUUUUACCAUCUACGGUCCGUAAAAUCAUCAAAAAGUUCAGAGAAUCUGGAGAAAUCACUGCACAUGAGCAAUGAUAUUACGGACUUUUGAUCCCUCUGGCGGUACUGCAUCAAAAACCGACAUCAGUGUGUAAAGGAUAUCACCACAUGGGCUCAGGAACACUUCAUAAAACCACUGUCAGUAACUACAGUUGGUCCCUACAUCUGUAAGUGCAAGUAAAAGCUCUACUAUGCAAAGCGAAAGCCAUUUAUCAACAACACCCUGGGCCAGAGCUCAUCCAAGAUGGACUGAUGCAAAGUGGAAAAGUGUUCUGUGGUCUGACUAGUCCACAUUUCAAAUUAUAUUUGGAAACAGAGGACGUGGUGUCCUCCAGAACAAAGAGGAAAAUAACCAUCCGGAUUGUUAUAGGCACAAAGUUCAAAAGCCAGCAUCUGUGAUGGUAUGGGGGUGUAUUAGUGCCCAAGGCAUGGGUAACUUACACAUCUGUGAAGGCACCAUUAAUGCUGAAAGGUCUAUACAGGUUUUGGAGCAACAUAUGUUGUCAUCCAAGCAACGUUAUCAUGGACGCCCCUGCUUAUUUCAGCAAGACAAGUGUUACAACAGCCUGGAUUCGUAAAAAAAGAGUGCGGGUACUUUACUGGCCCGCCUGCAGUCCAGACCUGUCUCCCAUCGAAAAUGUGUGGUGCAUUAUGAAGCGUAAAAUACGACAUCGAAGACCCCGGACUGUUGAACGACUGAAGCUCUACAUAAAACAAGAAUGGGAAAGAAUUCCACUUUCAAAGCUUCAACAAUUAGUUUCCUCAGUUCCCAAAUGUUUAUUGAGUGUUGUUAAAAGAAAAGGUGAUGUAACACAGUGGUGAACAUGCCCUUUCCCAACUACUUUGGCACGUGUUGCAGCCAUGAAAUUUAAAGUUAAUUAUUAUUUGCAAAAAAAAAUAAAGUUUAUGAGUUUGAACAUCAAAUAUCUUGUCUUUGUAGUGCAUUCCAUUGAAUAUGGGUUGAAAAGGAUUUGCAAAUCAUUGUAUUCCGUUUAUAUUUACAUCUAACAUAAUUUCCCAACUUAUAUGGAAACGGGGUUUGUACUUUCUACCGUAUUUAACGGAUUAACAACCACAUUCCACUUCAUGAAACUUUGACAAAAUCAUCCAACAAACUUUCUGACUGAACCAUUUGAGAAUAAGUGUGUACGAACGACACUUUGGAUCAUUCAUACCGUGAUUGACUUGGGUUCCAUUCCCCUCCGUCUCCUGGUCCUGCUGGCCUGUGUUCACUGAUCAUUUGUGUUGUGACAUGUUUACUUGUCCUUCACUUCUGCUCUGCGGUUUUUAGGCUCUUUCACUAUGUAUUAAUGCUAGUCUUUUUUUGGCGUAUUUCUGAUUAUUUAUGUUGUGCAAGGUAGUGGCUGUCAUUAAUUAUUUGUGAGAGGAGCAAGAGCAUUUUUUUGCCAGUAAGCAAUCAUGCUGUUAGCAUUGACUUUUGGGUUGUUUUGAGUCGUUGUACUUUAUUUCUAUUGUCAUUCAUGUUCAUCAUCACUAAUCUGUGAGGGGUGAUUGUAUUCUAGUAAUUCUGUAGGCCGAAUCUACUAAAGCCAAACCUGAUAGCAUACACAAAGCGGAUCUACUACACUUGUGCAUCUCUUACGUGAGCCAAAUAUGGAGUGCAAUCCAUGAAUAUUCAGAAUAUAUGCUGAUCGUCAAAACGCUUACAAUACUGGGAGAAGAUGCAAAUAUAAUCAUUCAGCACGUGUGAUUUAUCAAGGCUGAUCACUGUUCUGCCGGCACAAUUUUGCAUACGUAUUUAGCACAUCUGAAAUCUACGUACAUCUACGUUAUAUCUCCUGUAUGAAAAAUAGUCUCGCAAUAUGCAUUUUCCGGGAGCCAGUAGACAUCUAAAGGAACAAUCCAUAUCUUCUAUGGAAAAAGUUCAUGUAAUCCUGCUUUUUCUUGCGUCUAGAUCAGGCCUGGGCAAUUAUUUUUACUCGGGGGCCACAUUUAGAGACAAAAAUGUGUCUGGGGAAUACUCAUUUAAAACCUCACAAUAAUGUCUGAUCGAAUGCUUAAAAACAUUAUGACAGACCGCCUUAAAAAACGUAAUGGAAUUUUACAUAUUUCUAUGAACGAUAAAACACUGAAUAUUAGUGAAACGCAAUCCCGUGGACCCAGACUUACCAUGAAUUGAUUAACGUGGACCCUGACUUAAACAAGUUGAAAAAACUUAUUCGGGUGUUACCAUUUAGUGGUCAAUUGUACGGAAUAUGUACUGAACUGUGCAAUCUACUAAUAAAAGUAUCAUUAAAUCAAUCAAUAAAUGCAACAAACAGUGAAAUAUGAACGCGAAGGGUACAAAAUAAACCAACCUACAAUCUGAUAUAUAUGAUAUUUGCUGAAUUUCCCCCAGGGAUCAAUAAAGUACUUUCUAUUCUAUUCUAUAUAUCACUAAGAUUUAGAACUUUGUUGUGAAAAUCUCUUUCCGCGUCUGUAGAAUCGCUUUUCACCCACGCUGUUUGAUGCCUCGUCUGAGCCGCUGUGACGUAGAUUACCAUAGUCACUGGUAUAUUGUCCAUAAGCGCAGAUUCCAACCAUUGAAAUACUUUGUGUAGUUGAAGACUUACAAUCAUUAGAAAACUUGACUGCACAUCAUGAUGGCAGCUACAGUUUCCAUACUAAAGAUCUAAAAAAAUGAUUUGGUAAUGUCCAGCGGCCCAGAUUGAAAAGGUCAAUGGGCCGCAUGUAGCCCCCCCGGGCCUUAAUUUGCUCAGGUCUGGUCUAAAUCAUUCUCACGCACCAUCACAGUUAGUGUUGCGGACUUUUGGAUCGCUAUAUUGUUCACAUUCGAACGAGACAUUUCCUGAAGUGCACUUUCAGCGCGCUGAAACAUGGAUUCUGUUGUCUGGAUCGCAGUAAAGGAUCGUCUAUAUAGCCCAGAAAAGUUGGUGCGGAUUAAAGUUGUGUGCUACAUGUUACAUGGCAUUGCAAAAUACCACAGGUAGAUAUAAUGGUAAAUGGGUUAUAUUUAUAUCGCGCUUUUUUACCUUUAAGGUACUCAAAGCACUUUGACACAAUGUCCACAUUCAACCCUUCACACACACAUUCCCACACUGAUGGCGGGAGCUGCCAUGCAAGUCCCUCACCACGACCCAUCAGGAGCAAGGGUGAAGUGUCUUGCUCAAGGACACAACGGACUUGAUUAGGGUGGUGGAAGCCGGGGUUCGAACCAGGAACCCUCAGGUUACAGUCACAGCCGCUCUCCCAACCGGUGUGCUCAAACUAGGAGAGGGGUUAACAUGCCUGGUCCCACUUCACACCUUAUGUCCGGUACGGUUGACUUAUGUGAGCGCACGAGUCCACACCUUGGCACGGUAAACUUUGCUUCCUUGAGCAUGAUUGGAAGACGGGGUACUCUGCACAUGCAUAUUAACGUGGACCCUGACUUAAACAAGUUGAAAAACUUAUUCGGGUGUUACCAUUUAGUGGUCAAUUGUACGGAAUAUGUACUGUACUGUACUAUCUACUAAUAAAAGUCUCAAUUAAAGGGGAA